CAGUUCCUGCUUGCUUGCUCCCGGCUCGCCGCCGCUUGCCGGUCCUUCGAAUGAAGCUCCCACAGCUGCUUGCCGCUCUGCUGCUCGUCGUCGCCUCUGGUCUCAGAUUACCGCCGCUCUCGCGUCGCGGUGUGAUAGGCGCGGCGUUCGCAGCCAGUGCGCCGGCGCUCCGAGCAGUUGCCGCGUAUGGCGAGGCAGCAAACCAGGCUCCGCCUGCGCUGGUGCCGUCGCCAUUCUACCCCACCGGCGAGAUGGCGAAAACGUGCGAGGUUGUCGCCGCCGGGCGAGAGGACGUCUGCCUAAAGCCGCUGAAGAUGCUCAGCGCUUACGAUGAGAUGCGCCUUCGGAAAGCGAGCGACGCCCUCAAGGCGGCCGGUUCGUCGACGCCGGCGAGUGACGAGGCGGUCCGCUUGAUCGGGCUGGUCGAGGCCAAGGAGUGGGCGACGCUAGCGGGCGAGCUCGGCUGCACGCAGCCCAAGACUCCAGACGCGGCGCCCAAGAAGUGCGUCACGAGCGUCGCCGGGCUCGACGUGGCAAAGCUCGCCGCCGCGGUCUCCAAGAAGGACCCGGCGCUCAUGACGGACGCGCUUGUGAAGCUGGCGGCGAGCCUAUGAGGCUCUCCGGGCCGCGGUUGGGCUUGGCGGGGUUCGACACAGGGCAGCAUUGUCUGAAACAUACUCUGGAUAGGUGUGCGGUGUCUUUUUUGCGGCCGUGGCGUUACGUGGUCCACCAAGGAAAGCGUCACAUGCAAACGC